AUGACGAAUGCCACCGCUGCUGCUGCUGCUGCUGCUUCGAGAAAACCGUACAACUUUACACUUACCGUCCAGAACCCAUCAUUUGGGCUCAAGACAUCCAUCAGGGUGCACUUGUGCGGUGCUAGGCGCGCUUUGUGGGGCCCAUCAGUCCUUCUGACAAAUCUAUCUAUCUAUCUAUCUAUUUCAGUUAGUUCAUUAUCUAUCUAUCUCAGUUCAUUAUCUAUCUAUCUAUCUAUCUAUCUCAGUUCAUUAUCUAUCUAUCUAUAUAUCUAUCUAUCGAUCUAUCUCUCUAUCUAUUUCAAUCAGUUCAUUAUCCAUCUAUCAUUCUGCAGUAGGUUCGUUUGUUCAUUGUUUCACACGUAUCAUUUUAACAAAUACACGCAUCAUUUGGACGAUAAAUUUUAUAUCUAUCUAUCUAUCUAUCUAUCUAUCUAUCUAUCUAUCUAUCUAUCUAUUCUAGAGUUCGUUCGUUUAUUCAUUGUUUCACACGUUUCUUUUUAA